AUGGGCGAGCUCACUCCUCCGUCGGAGAAGCCUGGCCACGACGGCGCACUGCUCCCUGCUCCUCUCAACCUACACCCACCCAAACCUCGCUCCCGCUACCUCAAACUCGUCAAGCCUGGUGUUGUCCUCAUUCUCCUCUGGGUAUUCCUCCACCGUUGGUUAUCUUUGCUCUCUUACGGCUCCUUCUUCACCACUCUUGCUGAGCUCCAAGAAGCAUCGGAGGGUGUUACGAGCGCGUUCCAGACUCGCGUGCCCUAUACUAGACAGUGGGCGGAGAGCCUCUUCUUGACCGUGCCAAACUCGGCCAGCGCGAUUGCCGCCUCCCGCCAGUAUGCAACAAAGCCCCAUCUUGCAGGCUCGUCGGGCGACCUCGCAACUGCAGAGGACUUUCUUUCCCUCCUCCAGCGCGAGCUCGGCAUCCCCAAGCCCGACGUCCAGCCCGUUUUCUCUGCCGGCUCUCCCGAGUCGCGCAACGCGACGCUUUCCAUCCCUGACCUCUCAGAGCCGAGCGCGUGGAUCGACAUAUACUACCCCGUUAUGAACACACCCCUCAACCAUAGCGUAGAAAUCCUCGGCGACACUGGCGAGGUUGCGUGGGCUGCGGACCUUGAGGAGGUCUCGGAUGAGACGGAUCCGGACGCUUGGGCGUACGCGGAUGCCGUAACGACUUGGCACGGCCUGAGCAGAGGUGGGGAUGUCCAGGGUAAACUCAUCAACGCUAACUACGGCCGCAAGGAGGACUUCGAAGACCUUGUCAAUAAAGGCGUCAACUUUACGGGUUCCAUCGUCAUUGUUCGCUAUGGAGGUCUUUUCCGUGGUCUCAAAGUCAAAGGUGCUCAAGAACUAGGCGCAGCCGGCAUUCUCAUCUAUUCCGACCCUCGCGACGACGGCACCGUCACUGUGGAUAACGGAUACAAACCAUAUCCUUAUGGUCCUGCGCGCAGCCCGACCUCCGUGCAGCGCGGCUCGGUGCAGUUCCUCUCCAUAUAUCCAGGCGACCCGACGACGCCGGGCUACCCGGCCUACGAGAAUAGUACCCGCACCAGCGGGACAAAUAUUCCGUCUAUCCCCAGCUUGCCAAUUUCGUGGGCGAAUGCCAAGGUGCUGCUCGAGGAGAUCGAGGACGGAAAGGAGGGCAGGACGAUUCGGCUCGUGAACAAUGUCGAUGACAAGGUGACGCCUAUCUGGAAUACCAUGGGUGUGCUCCCUGGGCACAUCAAGGAUGAAGUCGUUGUGAUUGGAAACCAUCGCGAUGCAUCGGUUAUGGGUGCAACCGAUCCUACUUCGGGCACGGCUUCCAUCAACGAAGUCAUCCGUGGGCUCGGCGUCCUGCUGAAGAGCGGAUGGAAACCGCUGCGCACGAUCGUCAUCGCAAGUUGGGAUGCUGAAGAGUACGGCCUCAUUGGCAGCACCGAAUGGGGCGAAGAUUUUGCCGAUUUCAUUGACAAAUACGUCGUCGCAUACCUCAACGUCGAUGUAGCAGUUUCUGGCUCUCGCUACAGUGCGCGCGCCUCCCCAUCGUUGGCCCAUGUCGUGCGCGAUACGGCCGAGAAGAUUCCGCACCCGACCGACCCGGGGCGUACACUUUGGGACGCGAGAAAUGAUAGAGGACCGCUACAUGGCGAAAACGUCGACCUGCAGGUAAUGGCUAUGGCGGAGGAGGCUGCCAAGGCCGUUGACAGCAUCGGGGUUGGUGCUCUGGGCUCCGGUAGCGACUACACGGUAUUUUUACAGCGCAUCGGUGUGGCAAGUAUGGACCACGGCUUCGGCUCUACGCUUUCGGACCCGGUCUAUCAUUACCACUCUGUAUUUGAUUCAGAGAGAUGGCAAGAGCUGUAUGGUGACCCGGGAUUCACGAAACAUAUUGCUGCCGCAAAGCACUUUGGCCUUCUGACUCUCCGUUUGGCCGACUCCAUCGUUCUCCCAAUCAACACAACACAUUAUGCGUUCGAACUAGAGGCAUAUCUCGAUAAGGUUGAGGAAUUGGCAACCACGUACGCUGUCUCGACUGAACUUGCGCCCCUCCGUGCCUCCAUCAAAGCCCUCCAGCACGCCAGCAUCAAGCACGACCACGAGAAGCGCAAGGCUGAGCUGCUUCUGAGGCAUCUUCUGCGGCACUCACAGAAGAAAGGCGGGUUCAAGAAGGGAAUUCAUCGCGCCAUCGGCCACGCGUGUCACAGGCUGAAGAAUAUCUUUGGCAAGCACGGCGAAGAGGCGAAUACCGAGCUCGCACCUCCAAUGCACGCGACCAAUGCAGAGAUCAGCCGCAAGGGUAGCUUCCGCAAGCCUGUGAAGCCUCGCAUUGGGCGGCUGCCGGCAUGGAUUAAAGAGAAGCAGGAGGGAGAGAGGAAGCUAGAAGAAGAGCAGGCUGAGCUCAAGAUUUUUGAUGCGGAAGUAGACGUCGACGCAGAACAUCCCCGCCUCCCGCACCUGCCUCAUAUUCCCCACCUUCCUGAGUUGCCAAAGCCACACUGGCCCCCACACCACAAGGCCCCAAGCCGGAGAUUCCUGCGCGCGGUGAAACACAUCCAGAAAAUCAAUCAGAAGCUGGCGUCAUUCGAACGUGGGUUCAUUCAUGAAGAUGGGAUCAAGGAUCGGGAGUGGUACAGACAUCUCGGUGUCGCUCCUGGCAAGUGGCUGGGCUAUGGCGCGACGACGCUCCCUGCUUUGACGGAGUCUAUCACCAUCGAGAAGAACGCCACACUCGCGAAGUAUGAAGCCGGGCGGUUGAAGGAAGCUAUCGACAACAUUACCGGGGCACUCAAGGCAUGA